GUCCAUUUCCGCUUCGCCGCGGGCGGUGCAGGCCAGGGAGGAUGGAGCCGCCGGCGGAGCGGGAGGAUGGAGCGCAGCUGGUGCAGGAGGCCCGGGAGAGCAUCGAGGCGGCGCAGAGUUACGGCCGCGAACUGGGCCAGCGGCUGCAGGGGCUGCAGGAGGCGCGGAGGCAGAUCAAGGAGAGCGCCUCCCAGACCAGAGUUGCCCUGAAAAAGCAUUUCAGUGACUUGAAGGGGACCCUCCAGAAGCUCCUGGAUGAGCGCUUGGGGUCCCUGCUGCACCAAGUGGACACCAUCGAGCUGGACAACAUCAAGCCCCUGGAUGAAUGCCAGAAGCUCAUCGAGCACGGAGUCAGCACGGCUGAAGAUUUGGUCCGAGAAGGUGAGAUUGCCGUUCUUGGGGGUGUGGGAGAAAAGAAUGAAAAGCUGUGGAGCUUUACCCAAAAGGCCUCCCACAUUCAACUGGACAGUUUACCAGAAGUGCCCUCACUAGUCGACGUGCCUUGUUUAUCUGCACAGUUGGACGACUCGAUUCUUACCAUAGUGAAAGAUCAAAUUUUAAAACAUGGGACGGUGGCAUCUCGGCCGCCGGUUCAGAUCGAGGAACUCCUAGAGAAGCCUGGCGGAAUCAUCGUCCGAUGGUGUAAGGUCGACGACGAGUUCACAGCCCAAGACUACAGGCUCCAGUUUCGCAAAAGUACCUCGAAUCACUUUGAGGACGUUUACGUCGGCUCGGAGACGGAGUUCAUUGUGUUGCACAUCGACCCCAACGUCGAUUAUCAGUUCCGCGUCUGCGCCCGAGGGGACGGCCGGCAGGAGUGGAGCCCCUGGAGCGUCCCCCAGAUUGGCCACUCGACCCUGGUGCCACACGAGUGGACGGCCGGCUUUGAGGGCUACAGCCUGAGCAGUCGUCGGAACAUGGCGCUCCGCAACGACUCACAGGCUUCGGGAGUCCUCUACUCUAGUGCGCCCACCUACUUCUGGGGACAGACGCUGACGUUCAGGGUGGAAACCGUGGGCCAGCCAGACCGGCGAGACAGCAUCGGAGUCUGUGUCGAGCAGCAGAAUGGACAUGACUCCCUUCAGCGUGACCAAGCAGUGUGCGUGGGUACCAACGGGGCGGUUUUCGUCAACGGCAAAGAGAUGACCAACCAGUUGCCGGCUGUGACCUGUGGAACCACAGUCACAUUUGACAUGGAAGCGGUGACCUUGGGCCUUCCCAAUAACGACGGUGGUAACUUUAAGUUGCGAGUAACUAUUAGUUCCAACAACAGGGAAGUGGUUUUUGAUUGGUUACUUGAUCAGUCCUGUGACUCCCUCUAUUUUGGAUGUUCCUUCUCCUACCCGGGGUGGAAAGUGUUAGUGUUUUAGCCUUCAGGUCAAAGGGCAUUCAGCUGCCGGAUUUCAAGUAUAUCCACUCGCAGCCCAGUUUAGCAUAAGCCUCAUGUCGGACUCCUCUCCCAAGCAGUUUGAAAACAGUACGCUGCACAUAUUCUGGAUUUAUUUCAAAAUAGUCUGGUGGUGAAGUAUUGUGUUUUGUGGAGGAAGAUAUUAAAUGCAGUUUUCAGAAUUUGGAAUGCUGCAUCCGUAUAAAUCGAUUACGAAACAAGCCUCAGACCCUCUCACUGUGUUCAACAUUUUUUUUAAGUUAUUUUUUUUUUUUUAAACUUUUGCUAAACCCAUCUCUUGGGUCUAAGGAUAUGUGAAAUUAAGUGGCCUUUGGACAUAAGUCAUUUUUACCCCAUUAUUGUGGGGUGGUGUUAAUAGUGAAAAUAACUUUCUGUUCUGGAAUACUGGUCCUCUUUCCAGGGUGCCCAGUCACUGAUUUAAAACCGCAAAAAGUGAGGACCCUUCUAGUAUGAUCCUUAUCCUUACCUCUGUGCCUUCAGUAUUUUGAGCAUUCUGUGGACAGUGUUUUAGUAUCACCUUUCAGAAUUCUUUCUAGGAUACAUUAAUUGCCCUGUAAGGGCCCAGUCUCCAAUGCUAUUUAUUCCCUUCCUGAACUUAGAACGUUUUGGGGUUUUUUUGCUGCUUUUUUGCAGUGAAGCUAGAGAUAUUCAAGAUGAUUACAGGGUAAAACUACUAAUUUAGGAAGAGAGUGAACAGUGUUAGCCGUGCUGUGUAUUUAUAGCAUGGAAUCUCCUACGAUAAACAGCUUGUUGUUAGUCCCUGAAGGACAGACCGACCUGAUAAGGCGAUACUUGACUUUGUUGAGAAAAUGUGUAAAAUGUUUGUGACUUGCUAGAUAACUGUUUCUGCUACGGACCCUCUUCCCCGCCCCCCCCCCCCCCCCCCCAAAUUCAAUGUGAACCUUUAACUGAACUUUUUUUUUUUAAUAGGGAAUAGUGUUAGAAAACCUCGUUUGAUAUUUUUGUAAAGUAAUUUAUUUGGGGAUGCAGUUCCUUCUAAAGACAAUCAUAAUGUUGUCCCUUUGCCAUCCAUGUUACAGUAGGGAGUCUCUCAGUGGUAACUGAAGAUUAGGCAGAAUAUAGACCCUUGUCUUUUGUUGUUUCAUUAAAAAAAAAAUUUUAAAGCAA